AUGUUUCUUUUGGGUGGAAUGGCUACUUUGGUAGAUGUGGAUCCACAAUUCUAUGACAGCACUCUGGAGCGAGCAGCUGUCUAUCUUUCUUGGGCCAGUGUACUCUGUUGUACAUGGGUGUUAACUGUCCUGCUAUUGACAAAAAAGGCUUGUCGAAUGCCUUAUCGCUUCUUACUUUGCCUCAUAACCUCUGUAAUGGUGUUUUGCACGAAUCUUGUGGUCCGAUCGCUCUGGAAAUCGUUCGAUUCGAAUACUGGAAGCAUUUCAGUAUAUGGAGAUCACAUUCAUUUCGCCAUAUUUUUCAUUGCUUGUACGGCGUCACGUGUGUGGACCGCGUUCCUCAGUAUUGCGAUUCUCUACCGGGUUCGCUACAAACGGUCGGCUUCAAGAUGCCUUCAAAUACUCUUUUAUUCUCUAGGCGUGUUGCUUCCAGUUGUUGUGACCUUAAUUCUCAUGCUCUCAUCUGGCGGGGCUUCAACUCACGAUGCGAAUCCGGCUUUCUAUUACGGCAGAUCGCAGGUAUGCAUAGUAGAGUCUAAUGGCAAAUAA